AUCGUUCAGAUGAGAACUAGUUUGUGUAGUCCUUAGUUAAACAUCACAUCUACUAAAGUCUUAUCCGGGUGGCAACAACCUCCAAAACGAGCACACCCACCCCGGGCGGGAGCCACGACUACAGCGCAGAGUGACAGUUGAUUUGACCAACAGGAAGUCCCGGUGCAGCAGCCAGCUCUUCGCCUCUACAACGGGCGGGAUAUCCGCAGUAGUAAGCUAGCUAAUAACAUGGCGAAGACUUACGAUUACUUGUUUAAACUACUUUUAAUCGGCGAUUCAGGUGUCGGGAAAACCUGCGUGCUUUUCAGAUUUUCAGAAGAUGCUUUCAACUCAACGUUUAUUUCAACUAUAGGCAUUGACUUCAAAAUCAGAACAAUAGAAUUAGAUGGAAAGAAGAUCAAACUACAAAUAUGGGACACAGCGGGGCAAGAGAGGUUCAGGACCAUCACAACAGCCUACUACAGAGGAGCCAUGGGAAUCAUGUUAGUGUAUGAUAUUACCAAUGAGAAAUCCUUUGACAACAUCAAGAACUGGAUAAGGAAUAUAGAAGAGCAUGCCUCAGCAGAUGUAGAAAGGAUGGUCCUCGGCAAUAAAUGUGACGUCAACGACAAACGACAGGUGUCCAAAGAAAGAGGAGAGAAAUUGGCACUGGAGUACGGCAUCAAGUUCAUGGAAACAAGUGCAAAGGCGAACAUUAAUGUGGAGAAUGCUUUCCUAACUCUUGCCAGAGAUAUCAAAGCAAAGAUGGACAAGAAACUGGAGGGCAACAACCCUCAGAGCAGCAAUCAGGGAGUCAAGUUUUCAGAGCAACCCAAGAAGAGCAGCUUCUUCCGCUGCACGCUUCUGUGAGAAGAUGGAAGCGUUGGCAUCCACCAUCGCCUUAACUGCAUCCCCCACUGGACAGAACUGGACAGAGCACACUCUGAUGACUGUUUAUUUCUCCUCCCUUGUCUUCCUUAAUGAUUUAGCCAAUAAUUACAUAGGGGAAAAAAAAACACAACCCUCCAUUGAUUUAUCUUCUAGUCUUCCUUUACAACACCUGUGGAUUUAGCUGCUGCGGCCUCUGUUACACACUGACAGUUUGACUUGAAUGAGAGAUUUUACUCACUUUUAAAGGCUGUCUCCUGGUGAGACACUGAAGACGAUCAAACCUUUUCCGCCCACAUCUCUUGGCUUAUGUCAUUAAAAGUAUAUUUAUUUCAUUCCUAAAAGCAAACGGGACCCCAGAUUCUGCUACAUGUUUGCACUUAUGCCUCGAUACUAGAUAUUUUCUUGUUUUUACAUCCAGGACUUGUAAAAUGCAGCAUGUAAAUAUAUAUAUGUGUAUCACUAAUUAUGAGAAAGUAUCUUUUCCUUUUAUUUUAUCUACUGUGGGUUUUACAUUUCCUAUCCAUCUUGUUUGCUCUUGAUUCGUUUGGCUGAGACAUUCCACGCUUUUGGCAGACACUUUGAUGUGCAAUGUGAUGUAUGUCGCUCCUCCAUUUAACUUAGGAUCGAUGGCCGCGCUCAAACCCAAACAUCUGGAGGAAUCGCAGCAAUGAUGAAAUCAUUCUUUUACACUUAGUUUUCUCUACUAUAUCCAUAUGUCUGUUCCAAUGGGGGAACACGUACUCAACAGUUUCCUGGGCCUUGGAUUGGGGCUGUGCUGUAGCAGUAUUUAUGGAGUGAAACAAGACAUAGCACCAAAAUGACAAAGUGCCCUUUUUUUGUUCUUAUUGAGUAUGCACUUUUUCUUUUUGUUCUUCCUGUUUAUACAAAAAAAAAUGUUCUUAACAUUUAUUGACUGUUCGUUGCAAGUCUUAACUAAAACAAAGUAAAAAAUAUUCAUGCACAAGAGAUUUACAUAACGGUGUUGGCCCACCUGAAAACACGGGAGGUGGGGCGCCUCACUGUUGGAGGCCAGGGAGUCCAUCGAACUCAACAUGAAAAGGGUUUAUGGUUUAAUUUAAGCAUCCCUAAACGCCUGCAAACAGCCUCUCUUUUUAGAUGCUUGGCGGGGAUAAAUUGAAAUUAGGAACCUGCUUAAUGUUAUGGGUUUUAAGGAUUGAAAAUAGGAAAUCAUUAGAAAUCUGAGAUAUCAAACGUCGUUCCAUUGAGUCUUAAUUACUGACGGUGCUGUAAAAGAGAAUCAAGCCAGUUGCUCCAUUUUGUAGUUUGGGGUCAGCCUAUAGUUCCUGUUCGUGGUUUGGUUUCACUGAAGAACAAGGCACCAUUUGAUGAGUAAAUGAAUUCCUCAUGAAUCUGACAGUGUUCACAUAUCUUAAACAUUCCUAAAGUAGGUUUGGGAUUUUCUCAGAGAUUAUAGAUGGACUCCAUGUGGAAAACAUAAAAUAAAAACUUCAGCAAUUGUAAAUAAGAUCUUCAAUGAUUGUAUUGUAGUUUCAUAAAUCCUGUUGGUCUACACUUUUUGUAGAUAUAUGUACCUUUUGAUUUAUUAAAAAGAUCAUUUGAAA